AUGGGUCACCAGCACUUGAAAAAGAAUGAUCCUAAGUUUUGGAAUUACACUAUGCAAGAUUUAGCUACACAGGAUCUACCUUGUCUUAUCAAUCACAUCAAAUCUGAUAGCGGUUUCAAUCAUUUAUCUUUCAUUGGUCAUUCACAAGGUAACGGUCUAGCUUUUAUGUCGUUGAGUUUAGAUCAUUGCCCUCAUUUAUCAAAUUCAAUUAGCAGUUUCAUUGCUUUAGCUCCAGCUGUUUAUGCUGGUCCUUUAACAACUGGGUUCCCUUUCACUGCUAUCAAAAACCUUGAUUGGAAUAGUUGGAAAUUCAUCUUUGGUGACUUGGAUUUCAUUCCCUUAAUGACGUUAGCUUUCAAUUAUACACCAAAAAGAGCUUUUGCUUUAUUAGGAUAUCAAAUGUUUGCCUUCUUAUUCAGUUGGACAGAUAAGAACUGGUUAAAUAGACGUAAAGCAAAAAUGUUUAGAUUCACACCUUCACCCGUUUCAUCAAAAUCUGUUCAUUGGUGGGCAGGUAAAGAUGGCUUCUCAACCAAAGGUUGUACGUUAGAUACACGCAAAGAUCGUUGGUUUAGUACUGGUGAUCAAGUUGACGAGAAGAACCAGUCCAUACCAAAAUUUCCACCAUUAAGCUUAUACGUUGGUACUGAUGAUAAAUUAGUACUGGUUGAACCAUUACUAGAAAGAUUAAAGACGCAUGAGAGUGUUAGGUUAAGAAGAGUUGAUUACUUUGAAGGUGGUGAACAUUGUGACUUCUUUUGGGGAGCAGAUGCAGUAGAGAUUUGCUUUUAUAAAAUAUUACAAGAUAUUCAAUUAGGUUUAGAGGAAAUGAAAUAA